AUGCAAGUUGCUGAUACAGCUUCUGCUACUCUUGUCGCCUUUCCUCUGGGGCUUCUCGCAGAUCGAAUCGGCCGUCUCCCUGUACUCGGCGCAAGCAUCUUCAGCAUGCUCCUCUCUCAAGGUUACGCCAUGUUCAUAUGCUGGCAAUCAGAAACGAUACCACUAGAAGCGAUAUGGGGCAUCGGUGCUCCGUUGCUCUUUGGUGGAGGCAGAAGUGUUGCUGAAGCUAUGGUGUUUGCCAUUAUCACGGAUAUUUUACCCGAAAGCAAGCGGCAAGUCUUAUCAACGUGGUUUCAAUGGGUUGUCGCGUCUGUUCUCAGUGCGCAACUUGUAGGGCCUGUGCUGUCUGGCAAGCUAGUUCAGUCAUCAAUAUGGACGCCGCUCUUCUUGUCCCUGGGCUUAGUAUUUGCUGGUGGUCUACUUCUCAUCGCAUUCACACCGGAAACGUUGAACCAAGUACAACCUCAAGACCAUGGUAUCACAAGAAUUGACCCGUAUACCUACGGUCUCGAGUCGGACGCCCUCAACUUCGAGUUACCCAAGAAAAUGUCAGCACUCAAGACGGUCAAGACAAUGUUUUCCAGGCCUCUGAUCUGGCUUCUGCCCGGUGCCGUCUUGACGAUACCACUGGCGACCAUACAAACCGAUAUCAUCAUCCGGCUGAUGCCCAUGCAAUUCGACUGGCGUCUCGACCGUUCUGUCCUUAUCGUAUCGCUACGGAGCCUUGUAACGGAUGCCUUUUUGUUUGGCAACAGUGGUAGCGUUCUUGAUAACCCUAACAACCUGGCUGGUUCCGACGAGGUUGCUUACGACUGA